AUGACAAAGUUGCCAGGGGCUGUUCUAGAGCACUGCUGUCAGAAUGAACUGUGUCCAAUCGAUUGUGUACGAUGCGAUGGUAAUGAAACAGACAAGAAAUUGUUAUCUUACGAAAAGCCACCCGUUUUCGUACCUAUCAUACUAGCAGUAUUAAAAGCACAACUUAGACGAGAAAAGGUAGAACUCAGCUACCGUUUUCCAGACCGUAACUGUUUCUCACCGGUUACAAGCAUAUCAGACAAAGGUAACCAGCCAUCUUACGACGUAAUGGGUGUUACAACCCCAGGUACUACAACAACAGAAACACCGGUAUGGUUACAACUGUUACUGAAGUUAAAAGAAAGCUUUGGUACAACCCCAACUACCACAACAACAACAGAGAUACCAGUGUGGAAGUUGUUACUAAAUAAAUUGAAAUCAGAACAAAAUGGAAAUAAUUCCCCUGUGACGUCAUGGUCAAAAGUAGACAAAACAACAACACCGGCUUAUCAAGCGUCACAGACACCACCAUGGCGUCGCACAGCCCGUCUACCAACAACUACAACUCGAACAGAAACAACAAAACUGACUACAACAGCUAUAAGGGACCAAACUACUUCUAAAACAACACAGCCAACCACUGCUGAAAUAAAAGAAAAAGCUACAACUACAAUAGGUAAUGAAAUUGCUACUGAAAUGACGCAACAAACUUCUACCAAAAUAAUAGAACAAUCUACAACUGAUAUAAGGAAACAAACUACUUCUGAAAAAUCGCAAAUACCUACUACUGAAAUAAAAGAACAAAUUACUGAACACACAACAGAAAAAGAAUUACCACCAAGUACUGACCAGUCGUUUCCAACAGGUGUUCCUGUCACAAUCAAAGAAACUGUAUUUUUCACCACACCUAAACAAAAGUUUGUUACCCAAAAUAAACAACAAGAGGUUGUUACCCAACUUAAACAAGAGUUUGUCACCCAAAAUAAACAACAAGAGAUUGUUACCCAAAAUACACAACAAGAGCUAGUUACCAAAAUUAAACAACAAGAGAUCGUUACCCAAAAUGAACAAGGGUUUGUUAACCAAAGUAAACAACUAGAGAUUGUUACCCAAAGAAAAUCGCAAAACGUCCUUGAUACAAUAUCUACCAAAGUGUAUCCAAGAAGCUCUUCUGAGCAUAAUUUAUCGACAAAACCCACGGACAGUGUAUCAUCAAUAGAAUCUACAACCUCUGUACCAGAAAUCUUGAUGAGGAAUAAUAAAGACAUUACUGUCACACGUAGUGAACACUCGAAUGGAACAGCAUAUGUAAAUGUUACUACAGUGGAUAAUGUUGGAAUAACCAAAUUAAAUCUUAAUAGAACUAAACAUUUGGAGUCAAACGAAAGUUUAACAGUCGAAGAUAUAUCAACGGUUUCACAAUUUGCGUCCAUAGGAUCUACAACGGGAACACCGAACGUAUCAAUAGAAACAGAUCACUAUAAUCAUAAGCAAGAGCCGAAACAAGGGUUUAGAAAUAAAACUGAGACAAAUGAUUUAACAACCCCAAGAUUGAACACAGAACCUAUGACAGUUGUCAGUCAUAUGCAGAUCACUGAUGUAACAGAAGAAAAAGAAUAUGUGCAGCACAAUACUUCAAAUAUUAUCUCUGUUACAACUGAGCUUCCAUUGCAUUUGCUUACAGACCUAGGAGUAACAAUUUCUACGGAAUUUGCAAAAACAGUAACUGAAGCAGAAACACCAGCACCACUUCAAGAAAGAGUUAUACCACGAGUUCCUGAAAACGAACUACUCAAAACGAACAUUACGGAAAUAAAGAUUGGAUUUAACGAUACGCUAGUUUCUUUGAAUAAUUCAUUAGGUACUGUUGAUAGUGAAAUCUCACAUAAAACUGAUUUUUCAAAUCCUUCAACCGACAUUAUAAAAGAACAUGACAACGGACAAAUUUAUGUAAACACAUCAAGUUUCAUAAACGGUGCCACUGAAAAGCAUUAUGAGAAUGGCAAAAGUUCAUCAUUGAAUUACAGUCUCUCAAAUCAAUCUGAUUCUAAUUUGAACUCGGAUCUUUCGGCUGUUAGUAAACUUAUUGAUAUUCUACUUGCUAAUUAUACAAAAUCGAAUGUUUCGUUAUUGUCGGGAAAUUUAACGAGCUCAGAUUUUAUAUAUCCUAGACUGGAAACAAAAUUUGCUGUGCAAAAUAACACAGAUUUCAAUUAUUCAGUUCUAGAAAGUAACGUACGUGAACUUGUAUUAUAUGACAGUUCACACACCAAAGAUACUAUUCAAAACUACAAUGCAACAGAAAAUAUAGAUCAACCGUUUUCAGUGUCAAUAGUUGAAAGUCAAGAGAAAAUAAGUAAUACAUUAAAAGACAAAGUAGCAACGCCUUCCAUUGAAAUGUCCCCUGAGAAUGAAGUGCGAAUUAUCUUGGGAAAGUUGAAUGCCUUGGUCAGUAAGAAUGAAGCACCCUCAAAUUUCACACCACAACCCGUGUUAAGGGAAGUCAGUCAGGCACAGACUGGAACAACUAUGGUACAGCACAUAGCAACAGAAACUCCCUCCUUGUUUACUCAGCCGGCAACAAGGGCACCAAUAACACAUUUCCAAGAAAGAACACCGGUUAUACAACCAGUAACUGCUCCACAAGUACAAAGUGCCACUAUGACACCACUGCCGUGGUGGCAACAAACCACGUUGUCUCCAUUUUCUUUAGACAACUUGUUUGGUUUUACAACGCCACCACAAGUUGGUCAGGAUUGGUUCAACCCGACAACAAGUGCUUAUGCAUGGGACGCAAUGUUUGGUGCUGGUGGAGUUCCUGUUUCCCAGGAAGCGACUGUACCAUCAUAUAAUGCUAACCAAGACAUACUUAACAACAUAUAUGACCCCCUUCGUGCUGAUACACAGAUACCAGAAGCAUCUUUAAACCAGCUUGUUCAGCACGCAGGUAGUGUUGGGGUUGUUAAAAUUGCAAAUGCUCAUACUCAACCCGCAGACAAUUUCGGACAAGAAAUAACUGCAAAUUCACCAGUUGCUGUUACAGACGGGUCUAGCCAAGUUCUACCUCCAAGCAAUUUAGAACAAAGAAUAGAUACAAAUCAACCACUUCCACUCGUAGGCGUGUUUGGACAAGGAAUAACUAUAAAUCCACUUUUUCAACCUACAAGCAACUUUGGACAAGGAAUAAAUACCAAGCCAGGUAUUCCCAGUACAGAUUAUGAUAAACAGUCAACAGGUCCCAAAAACUCAGUUUCAGAAUCUAAUAAACCAGCAACGAAAACACACAUCCCUCAAGCAAAACAACCAACUACACAAGAGCCGCCUUUAAAAGGAUUCGACAUAUUUAACACGUUCAUGGAUUCAAUGUAUCCGGGAAAUUUCAGUAUCAUUGCAAAAUCAAAAGUUCAAACCACUGUAUCACCAACUGUUCAGACCACAACAAAAGUUAGUUCAGAGUCAAAACGUUUUAUAGAAACAACAACGUCUAAUCCACCAGAGAGUAUCCCAACAAAAUCUAUUGCAUUUUCACCAAUUACUUUCCCUCAAGCUGAAGUAUCAAAUGGCAACCAUAAUGCAGAAAAUAUAUCGUCUACAGAAAUAACAACUAAACGUACCUUUUUACCAUCAGAGAAACUUUACACACCAGCUAUUUCAUCAGCAAACAAACAAGACGUUAAGAUAGUUUAUGAUGUAACAACUCCAAGACCUGUUACUCCCAGAAUACCCGUCAUAUCAACAAAAUUUCCGUUACCACCUAUGACCAGUGUGGUAACGAACUUUUGGUUCACAAGGAAACCAGUUAAAGAAACAUCUUCCAUACCGGUAACAGAUCCCAUUCCAGUCAGACCGGUAACAGAUCCUAUUCCAGUCAUGCCGGUAACACAUCCUAUUCAAGUUACGCCAGUGACAACUCCUGUUCCUGUCACACCGGUAACAAAUAUUACACCUGUCCCGAGAGCAAUUACUCAGAAUACAGCGUCGUUUUGGAAUCCUAAUUCAAAUCGGGUUCUCCCCACAGACACAAUAUCGUCUUGGUGGGCACAAGUGCAACCGACUACACCACCCCCUGCUUAUGCCAUUCAUCAGACGCCAACACCCACACCUGUAGCAAGCCUUGAUCAGUGCUAUCAAACACAAGAUCCAACAGGAUUUUGUCAAUCAAGAUAUUCCGGACAUUAUAAGAAUCCAUCUGACUGUCGAUCAUUUUAUGUGUGUAUCUGGGGUUUCCUUUACAGUUGCGCAUGCCCACCAAACACAAUGUUUGACGAUAAAAUUGACGUUUGCAACUGGGAUCACCUCGUCACGUGCACAAAACAGGUUUAA